AUCACUCAUUUGAUGAUCUCAGUUCAAGACUUUAUUUUAAUUAUUUAUCUUUGUUAACAUGAAGCAGAAUUAGGCUGCUAGACUUGAGAAUUAAGCUGCCAGACUUGAAAACCUUUAUAAGGUUUUAUAAGGUUUUAUAAGGUUUAUUUUUAAGGCCCAUUUAGAGACCAAGGAGCAUGUUCCUUGCCUUCUCUAUAAAUAUGUGUCUGAAAACCCUAAUAGAACUAUCCAAUCUUUUAUUUUCAGACUCUUGUCUCUCUCUGACGGCUGCAAGUCUUCUUGUAGAUCUGAGUGUUCUUGAGUCUUUGUUAGUGUGUCAUAUCUAUCAAAACCACAAGAGUGUUUGUCUUGGUGUGUCAUAUCCAAGGGAUUCACUUAGGAGUAUCAAGGAGACCUCUCACAUCUCUUUGUGUCACCAUUCAUUCCACAAACCUUGAAGCUGAUUGAGUCUUUGAUUCUCUGUUUGCAAGGAUCUAUCCCAUUCCAACCAGAGAAGCAUCCUAGGAGUGUAUUAUUUGGUAUCAGAGCAAAUCUCUGGAAGGAAGUUUCUAAACUCUCUAUUUCUAUUUUCAAUUUCGAAAUUUUCUUAUGAACCCUAGAUCUGGAAAAAACAAAAAAAAAAUCUGAAAUUGUUCUAAUCUGUUUAGAUCUGUUCUGUUUGGGUUUGUGGUCGAAAUUCUCUGUCUAGAUUUGAAUCUGAUUCGAUUUGGGCUUGAAUAGGUUGAGAUUCUCUUGAUCUAUUUGAGUUUUUGGUCAAUCUGUUCUAGAUCUAAUCUCAGGUUGAGUAUCUGAUUAUUGUCUGAUUUAGGGCUUGUUAUUUUCAAUCUGAGUUCAAUAUUGACAUAUCUGUUGUUCUGUGCUUUGAAUGUGAUAAAUCUGAGAAUUUUUAUUCUAGAUCUGUGCUGAAUCUGUUUCAUCUCUUGUUUGUUUUCCUUAUUUAAUUUUGAUUUCGAACUACUUACUGGCUUAGUCUUUCUCUUGUCUCAGGUACCAUGGCAGGAGAUCAAAAAGGAGAACUCACUAAGGAUGAAAAGCUUUUACUUAAGGCUAUGAGUGCUCAGAUGCAGGAGAAGAUGAAAGCCAGCCUUGAUAAAUUCCGACAUGAGUUGAGACAGGAACUCCAACAAGCUACUGGUCAGAGUUUUGAGUCUAGAAGCAGUGAGAGGAGACAAAGACGUGGGCAUGAAGGCCGAAGCAAUCACAAAGAUAAAUUGGCUGAUCAAAAGCUAAAAAUCCCUCCUUUCUAUGGUGAUGCUGACCCUGCUGCAUACGUGGAGUGGGAAGAGAAAAUGGAGUUGAUUUUUAACUGUCAACACUCUGCUGAAAGAAAGAAGGUUCAAAUGGCUACUGCUGAGUUUUAUGGUUAUGCUUCUAGGUGGUGGAAUCAAUUGGUGUCAUCUAGGAGACACGAUGGAAAAGAACCAGUUACAACCUGGGUUAAAUUAAGGGCUUUGAUGCGUCAUAAGUAUGUUCCAAGACAGUACAACAAGGAAGUGCUUCGAAAACAGUCUGAAACAAAGCCAUGCUCUGCAAACUCAGUUCAGAAACAACAAGUCAGUAUGAGAUCAAUUCCAGCCAGUGUUAUUGGUUUACCUAGCAAGACAACAAGCUGGUUCAGUCAGGAGGACAUAAAGAAGCUGUCUCAAGUGGUUAUGGAUGUUGAGAAACAACUCAGAGAGACCUACACCACACGUCCAUCCUUAGAAGAACAGAACCAGGAGUCAAUCACUUCAGUCUCAGAACUUAAUUCAGCAGAGCCGGUAUCAGCUACAUCUAUUCAAGGAGAUCAAGGCAAAGAAUCAUCAUCUAUCAUUCAGAAAGAAGAGCAGCCUAUUCAGAAAUUCAUGGUUCCUUUCAAACAAGACAUGGUAGCAGAGGAGACACCCAGGGAACCACAGGCAGCUCGCAGAUUGACUAAACUAAUUGUCUUUGAUCCAUAUGAUUUCCAAAAGACCUUCUUAGGUACUUUUCUGAUCAGACCUUUUGUUUGGAGCAAGGCCAGAGAGGUGGAGCUCUCAAGACACGAACUGGGCUUGAAGCAUGUUGUAUUUGAGCCUGGAGGAGACUUGUGGGAUCACAGGAACAAUGACAUAUUGAUUAAGAAGAAAUCGGCAGCACCCACAAGUGAUUUUGGUGAUCUUUUACCAACAGGAGAUAAAGUGAUGCACGUCUCAGCUCAGCAAGAGUUUCACUAUGAAACCAAUUGGAGAGUGUUACCCACUCAGUCCUUAAUCCAACAAACAAAACAACGAAGCAAAUGGCCACCUGAUCCUCAAGAUAUUGUCCAUUUUGCAAAACAUAUCGCUUUGGAUCAUUUCCGAGAGAUGCUUAACUCUGAUUGGACUGGAAGGUUACAGAUCUACUUUUGGAAACCUGGAGCAUAUGACAGCAUAUUUAUAAUCCUUGGGGAGUGCUCUGCUCGUACUAGAACCAGCUGGGGUAAUAAAGAGUUGGAAGCUGAUAAAAAUGCCUUGCUUCUUGAUCAUGUCAAGGUGUGGAAGCCACCAGAUUUGCAAAAGCUUCAAUACCAUUUCAGAGAUUGUCAAACCAUGAGUGGAGAUGGAGAUUUCACUAGAGUAAAUGGUAAAGUGAUUACUGGAGCAGGAGGAGAACUCAUGUUUUUUUCUCAAAUCAAGGAGAAACCACCAGAUGGACUCAGUCUACAUCAAUCUCCAAAUAAACCAACCCGAGGUAACUAUCUAAACUCAAAGAAAAAUAUGAAACCUGAUUUGCUUGCUGUUGGAACAGGUAAAAUUGUUUUGAGGUCUACACUUUUCGAAAAGAGGGGCCAUAAUGAUCAGAGUGUCAAUUAUGAGUCAUUGGCUAAGUUGGAGACGCAACAAUCAAACUGUCUAGCCGCCAGCUUUGACAUAGGAGCAGUCCGAGGAACAUAUCUCAACAAACAAAAGGAAUUAAGCAACAAACUCGACUGCAAUAGAAACUUAACUCAUCUGGGUCUCACGUCGAAUUGGAAUCAUGUCCAAAGCUUCUCAGGUGAAAUAGUUAUGGGUUUUAGAAGUCGGGUGAUCCUGUGUUUGCUUUGUUUGAAAUUUUCUGAGUUUAGAACAUCUCAAUUCUAUCUAUGGCGACCAGGUGAGUAUGUUAAUGUAAGUGAUCAUGUUUUCAAGAAUUCUUUUAUCACUGAUUAUACACAUAUGAUGCACUUGUUUUUGUUAAAAGAGCCAUGUGCAGAUUUUAAGAGAGCUUGGAAGCAUAUAAGAAGAAACUACAAAAAUGAGGAAGAUAAGAGAUUCAAACCACCUGAUCUAGACCAGGAUAACCACCAAGACGUCCCUAGCUUUAUCAUCAUCAAAGAAGCACCUCCAGAUGCAGCCUACAAUCCAAAACCGAGCAGAAACAAAUUUGGGAUAAGACUCUUACUUUAUGACAACUUCGCAUGUGCUAACUUGUUUUGUUUCAGUGUGUGUGAAUCGGGUUUGGGGAAUGCAUCAAGAGUAUGGAGAGCCCAACGUAUCAGUUCCUUCUACCAAACAAAUCCAGUCAGCAACAAUGCCUAUCAAAGAGGCUUGCAAGGUAAGUGUAAUCUCAUUAUCAACGUUAAUGUUACUGACUUGGCUCCUUUUGUUGCAGAUGAGCUAGAUUUGAGGACAAAUCCUUUUCAAGAGGGAGGGGAUGAUAUGAUCAUGGACCAGCCAAAUAAAGAAGAUAAUGAGAGCAUGGAUGAUCCAGCUGAUGGAGGAGCUCUAGCCAUAUCUGAAGGUCCUAUGACUCGAGCCAGAAGCAAGCAACUCAAAGAAGCCAUUGGAGGAUUACUUGAGACAUCACUGAAGCAAGAAGAGAGUCUUGGAAGAAGCUUGAUCAACCAAGACACACUUGCCACAAUUCAAGCAAUCUCAGCUCCAAGAUAGACAUCAAAUGAGCAAGUAACAUAUACUCUUGUCUCUCUCUGACGGCUGCAAGUCUUCUUGUAGAUCUGAGUGUUCUUGAGUCUUUGUUAGUGUGUCAUAUCUAACAAAACCACAAGAGUGUUUGUCUUGGUGUGUCAUAUCCAAGGGAUUCACUUAGGACUAUCAAGGAGACCUCUCACAUCUCUUUGUGUCACCAUUCAUUCCACAAACCUUGAAGCAGAUUGAGUCUUUGAUUCUCUGUUUGCAAGGAUCUAUCCCAUUCCAACCAGAGAAGCAUCCUAGGAGUG